AUGCCCGCUGCCACCCGUGCCGUCCUGCGGCAAUCGCAGUUCCUGGCCCGUCGCACCGUUGUCCGACACGCCUCUUCCACCUCCGAGGCUGCCUCCAAGGCUGGUCAGACUGCCUCUAACGCUGCCUCCAAGGCUCAGGAGGGUCUGUCCAAGGCCACUGCUGCCGCUGGCCCGGCUCUCUCUAACGCCGCCUCGGCCCUGCGGAAGGUCGGCGGUCCCGUCGGCAAGGUCGUUUCGUUCGUCGACUCCAUGAUCCCACCGACCCUCUACUACUCCCGUGUCGGUCUCGAGCUCGGCAAGCUGGUGUUCCGUGGCCAGAACAUGACUCCUCCCACCCUGGCCACCUUCCAAUCCUACUUCCAGCCCCUGAUCAACGUCGUUCGCAACCCUGCCGCUAUCAAGAACCUUAGCAUGCCCUCUCCCCAGGGCUUCCUGGCCCGCGUUCGCAACGCCAACGCCAAGGAGAUUGCUCUCGUCGGUGUCACCGCCGCCGAGGUCAUUGGCUUCUUCACCGUCGGUGAGAUGAUUGGCCGCAUGAACAUUGUCGGAUACCGGGGCGAGGCUGCUCACCACUAA